GAUCUGGAAGGAAGAUGACCGAGGAAGGAUGUGCACCAGCGGUCAGAUUAUCGGGAGCCUCUUGGUGCUCUCCGUGCUGGAGAUAGGGCUGGGGGUGUCCAGCGUGGCCGUGGGGGCGGUCAGCUUCAGCCUGGCCCUCCGAGAGCACAAGCCGCAGCUCGGAGACUCGUCCCCGGUAUGGAGCGGGGUGUGUUUUCUUCUUUGUGGCAUUUGUGGAAUAUUGUGCGCCAAAAAAAAAUCAGGACUUGUCAUGAUCCUCUUUUCAGCCUGCUGUAUCUGUGGACUCAUUGGGGGCAUCCUGAAUUUUCAGUUCCUCCGGGCGGUCACAAAGAAAACUUCCUCCCUAUACCCUCUGCACCUUGCCUCCAUGUCUCUCGCGUGCAUUGGGAUCGGGGGCUGCACUCUCUCUUCCUGGCUCACUUGUCGACUAGCCAGUUACGAACAGAGGAGGAUGUUCUCAGAAAGGGAGCAUUCCCUGCAUCACUCUCAUGAAAUGGCUGAGAAAGAAAUGACAGACAACAUGAGCAAUGGAGGACCACAGCUGAUAUUUAAUGGAAGAGUAUAAUCAAUGUUUUAAAGAAUUGAACACUUUUUAGGAUUUUCAUGAGGCAAUGAGACACCAAAGGACUAGAAAAUAAAACAGUUUUUGCAUUUGCAUUUAUCUCUCCUGAGCAUCCACUAAAAUUAUUCUUCCUAAAAAAUAUAUUGCCUCACUGGUUUCUCCACCCUUUUUUAUGGGGUAAAAAACUUUCCAGAAACAUUCUAGUACAAUAAUUUCAAGAUGCUUUCCAGAUUGUUCUAAAGAAGACUUUUCAGGAAAAAGAAAUAAUAAAACAGAAAUAAAAUGCAUAUUCUAUACAAACACUAUUUGACUAGCAUGAUUAUUAUAUUUGUAAUGACAUAUUUCAUAUGAGUAAUUGAAAAGUGCAAAUGUCAAGAAAUAAAAAUAACUUAUUGAUGUCUUUGUUUUGAAAGACAGAUGGCUUCAAGGAUGCUACAAUUCAAAACCUCAGUAAUGCCUUGUUAUAAAAACGUUGUAAUUAUUUUCAACUUAUGAAUGAAAUAUAUUUCAUAAUUUAUUUGUAAAUGACAAAAAACCUCAAGCAUAAAAAAGAGACUUUUUAGAGAGAGAGAAUACUAAUCUAUAUGGUAUUUUUGCAUUUUUGCACAAAGAGUGAGAAGUUAUAUGUGAAUAUCAUUUAAGAAAAUAAACAUGUUUUGAUCAUACUGUGCAGAUUGAUCUGCAUGUUCAUGAAUGAGCCUAAGAAUAAAGUAUGUGUGUGAAUGUGUGUAUAUAUACUGUAAAUAUAGAACAUGUAUACAGCAUAUAUUAUAGCAUACAUGAAUGUAAAUAGGUAUUAGAAAAGAAAUUGUGAUGCUGUCGGGGUAAUAUUAAGAUUCUACUCCAAUAGAAAUGGGAAGGCAAUUGCUCAAGGCUCUUCUAUGCCCACAAAACCACAUGUUUAAUUUCUACUAAAAUUGCCCAUUUUUCUUCUUUUAAUUAGGUUUUGUGUAAAUAUCAUUGUGGCUGAUAUUUAUGAAGAUGAGUGGUCUGAAUAGUGUAGUGUACAGAUAGACUACUUAUUUGACUAUUUCACUAUGAUUAUAGUAUUUAUGUAUAGCAAUUAAAAUUAAUUUAUAAACGAACAUGACUUUAAUGACAUACUUCCAUAUUUAUAAAGACAUCAUGACUUAAAAUUAUUGAUGAUAUUGAUAUUUCAAACACCUUGCAGUCCAAUUAAAUGAUACAAAAGGGCAGAUGAUGUAACCCCCCAACAAUGAAGUUAUAAUUACCUUUGCUAUAAUCUAAUUUAGAUGUUUUGUUUUACAAUUCUCAUGAAAUAAUAUAGGGAGUCCAUAUAUAAGAAAGCCUAUAUCCAAAGAUCCUGAAAGAAUUCUUUCAGGAAAAAGUGAAAAGAUAGGCUAACCUUUAUAUAGCUAGAUUCAAUCCUUUCCUCUAAUAAUGGAAUGUUAAAAUAUCAAACAAGAACAACACAUAUAAGUGAAAAAACAACAUAUAUCUGAAUAUAUUUAUGAGAAUAUAACCUCUGGCAACAGACAAAGAAAUCUAUUAUUUUUAAAUACAUAAAUCUCACUAUAUUGUAUACUUUUCUUUUUCCCCAAAUCUAAUCAAUUUUCAAGUCAUUUUUAUGAGUUACUUAUUGAACCAAAGGUAAAUUAAAAUAUUUAGUAUCCAGUAUGAGAAUAUAAUUUAUAAACAAAACAUGAGUUUUAAUUGUGCUAACACAGUAAUAAUAAUUCAAGUUAAUGAAAAUUUGUAGGUCUUUUGUUUUUAUAGCAACAUGAUCAUCAUUUAACCUAUUUAAAUCAGCUCACUUAAAAUUCUGGCUGUCAUCUAUUCAAGAGAAAUAACUGGACUCUUCUUGUUUGGUGCAGUUUUUGAAGUCUCCCAAUUCCUCUGGAUAACUUCAUUGCCUAGUAGAUUACAGAAGUUGUCCAUAAAUGCAACCUCAUAUAGUGAAUCAACAUCAUAACUAUUCAUUCAAUGCCACAAACAGGCAUGACCUUUGCCAGUGAAAAUCUAAAUUACAUCAUGAAGAUAUCUGUGUGUGUAUGAUCUUACUGAAUUCAUGCAAGGAUGUAGUUUUGUACUGAAAGAAUAAACACUGACUCUAAUUUUCAGUAGCAUUUCUCUAUAAACAUGUUUGUUCAAUACAAAAUUAUAAUACAUCAGAAAAAUGUUGUAUGCCUUUUGAACUGAUCUAUAACAUAACACAUUAAAGGACAAAAGGAGGCAUAUCACUUUGAUGUAUAGUUAAAAAGAGACGGCAUCAUCACAAUUAUUCAAAUAGUUUACAGUAUAUAUUUAACCAAGUAUAGAUAUAUUUUUAAAUAUGAUUAUUUCUACCUAGUGUUUUCAGAAUUGAGUUUAGAAUGAUUUACUUGGGAUGUGCAGCGAUUCUUUUUUAGAUAAGUGGGGGAUGUUAGGAAGAUAUUGUUCAAGUGCUUGAAACUUUAAUUUGGACAAUACAUUGAACCAUAUGCUGGAAUGUUUUAAGUGACUACCUUAUAGUUUUAGUAUGAGCCUAUCCUUGGGAGAAAGUAAGGUGAUAUUAAAUUAGAAAAACUAUGUGAAACUGGAGUGGUGGUAUACUUUGGACCAUAUCAAAUAAGUAGAGGUAUUAUAAGCAUAAAAGAAUAAAACUGGGCUCUCUUUGGAAAUUUUAAACAUAUAUGUGUAUGUGUGUAUAUAUAUACACAUAUGUGUA